AUGGAACAGUUCAAUCCAGGACUGAGGAAUUUAAUAAAUCUGGGGAAGAAUUAUGAAAAAGCUGUUAAUGAAACCAGAGAUCUUCCAACAUUUAAGUUCACUAAGUUGCUGAACAAUGUAAUUUAUAAUAACCUCAGGAACACUGACGCUGAUUCUCCAGUUUCUAAAGAAUUGGGCCAAGUUCUGGUAGAAAUUUCAAGAACACACAAGAAACUUAAUGACAGUCUAGAGGAGAGUUUCAAAAAAUUUCAUAAAGAAAUUAUAUCUGAACUGGAGAAGAAAACAGACCUGGAUGUAAAAUACAUGAACGCAACUUUAAAGAGGUACCAAACUGAACACAGAAGCAAAUUAGAUUCUUUAGAGAAGUCUCAGGCUGAGCUGAAAAAAAUCAGAAGAAAAAGUCAAGGAGCACGAAAUGUAAUGAAAUACGAGCAUAAAGAAAUGGAGUAUUUGGAAACCGUGACCUCCCGACAGAGUGAUAUUCAGAGAUUUAUUGCAGAAGGCUGCAGAGAAGCUCUCCUUGAAGAAAAAAGAAGAUUCUGUUUUCUGGUUGACAAGCACUGCAGCUUUACCCAGCACAUGCACUUCUAUCAUGUUCAGUGUGCGGACUUCCUGAAAUCCAAGCUGCCUGGGUGGCAGGAAAUCUGUAGCGAUGCCACCAAAGUGCCUGAAAAAGUCAAAAUGAUGAUAGACGAAAUAAGGACACCUGGUUCCACUCCACAGCCUUCACCCAUGAUAGAGAGAAAUACCACGAUUGGAAAUGAUUUUUAUCCUCCUCAUGAAAACGCGUUGAAGGUGCCCCCUGCUCCUACGGGCAGGGCAUACACUAGCCCACUAGUCGAUAUGUUUAACAAUCCUGCAACUGUUCCAAAGACAUCUUCUGAAAAACUAAAUAAUUCAGCAGAGAAUUCAGAUGAUGCCAGUUUAUCACGUUCAACUUCUGUUGCCACAGGACUAAAUAUAAUGAAAAGGCAAAAAGUAAAGACAAUCUUCCCACAUACUUCUGGAAGUAACAAGACGUUGCUUAGCUUUGUCCAGGGGGAUAUCAUCACACUUCUUGUUGCUGAAGAAAAGGACGGCUGGCUUUACGGGGAACAUGACACAACUAAAGUAAAAGGAUGGUUUCCGUCGUCAUAUACCAGACCACUAGAAGAACCAGCGGAAGAAAAAGCAUUUGUCCCAGUGCCAAGCCCUGCACCAAUCCGAAGUGUUAGUUCUGUAAAUCUUGUGGAAAAAGGUGAUGUUGUCCUCCCACCACCAGACUACCUGGGGUCUUUGCAAACAGAUAAGAGAAUGGAGCCUUCCAAAGGUCCUACUGCUAAAACACCAACUGACAGACCAGAAAAUGCAGGUCCGAAACCUGAUAUGAAUGGCAUUAUAAAACCACCUUUUCUAAGUGGAGAAAAUCCUUUUGCAACUGUGAAACUCAGACCAACAGUAACAAAUGACAGAUCAGCACCAAUUAUUCGAUGA